UCUCGAUUCAUCCGUGAUCAUGUUGAAAGAGAAGACUUUUUGUCUCGUCGUUUUUGUUCUUCUCUUUGUCAUAGGAUAUGUUGCUGCCGUUGAAAACGACGAGGACAAGAACCAUUUCAUUGUUUUUCUAAGCAACAAUGAACCUGUUUUAAAUAAAAACGAUGCAGUAGAAACACAUCUCAAUGUUCUUACGUCAGUGAAAGAAAGCCAUGCUGAUGCCAAAGACUCAAUGGUCCACAGCUACACAAAAAGUUUCAAUGCCUUUGCUGCGAAGCUUAGUAAAGAGGAAGCGGAAACAUUAUCGAAGAGGGGAGAAGUGCAUUCUGUGAUCCCAAACACAUAUAGAAAGCUACAGACAACAAGAUCAUGGGACUUCGUUGGGUUUCCUCCCAAUGUAAGAAGACAUCCCAAAAAAGAGAAUGAUAUUAUUGUAGGUUUAUUUGAUACUGGGAUCACCCCAACGGCGGAGAGUUUCAAAGAUACUGGGUUUGGUCCUCCACCCAUGAAAUGGAAAGGCACUUGUCAACACUUUGCCAAUUUCUCUGGCUGCAACAACAAGCUGGUCGGAGCAAGAUAUUUCAAGCUCGAUGGCACCCCUGAUCCCAUCGACAUCUUAUCGCCAGUAGACGUCAGCGGCCAUGGGACGCACACCGCCUCAACUGCCGCCGGCAAUGCAGUUCCUGGCGCUAGCCUCUUCGGGUUGGCCCAAGGAACUGCACGCGGCGCUGUGCCAUCCAGCAGAAUCGCCAUGUACAAGGUUUGUUGGACCACCACUGGAUGUUCCGAUAUGGACAUUCUGGCCGCCUUCGACGCAGCAAUACAGGACGGCGUCGAUAUCAUCUCGAUAUCGAUUGCCGGCGGGGGCUUCAACAAUUACACCGAGGAUGCUAUCUCUAUCGGAGCAUUUCAUGCCAUGAAGAAGGGCAUUCUCACCGUGACAUCCGCCGGCAACACCGGCCCAUCUGCCGGCAGCAUUGUUAACCACGCGCCGUGGAUCCUUACUGUGGCAGCCAGUGCGAUUGAUAGAAAAUUUACCACCAAAGCCGAGUUGGGCAACGGGAAUAACAUUUCUGGCAUAGGAAUAAACACAUUCAAUCCAAGGCAGAAAAUGUACCCAUUAGUGGAUGGAGGUGAUGCGGCGAGGAGCAUAGAUAGCCGAGACAGUGCAAGCUUUUGUGCAGAUGGCUCACUUGAUCCGGCAAAGGUCAAAGGAAGGCUUGUGUUUUGCAAAAUGAUGACUCCGGGCUCUGAUUCUGUUGUCAAAUCACUUGGAGCUGACGGCACUAUCAUUCAAACCGAUCAGUUUAUUGACCGUGACCCAAUCUUCAUGGCCUCGGCCACCAUGGUUAGUGGCUUUGUUGGUGCUUCUAUUGAAAGCUAUAUCAAGUCCACAAGGACACCAAGGGCAGUGAUAUACAAAACAAGUGAAAUGAAAGCAAGAGCUCCAUUCGUGGCUGCAUUCUCGGCCAGAGGCCCAAACCCAGGCUCCAACCGCAUUCUGAAGCCGGACAUUGCAGCGCCAGGAGUAGACAUAUUGGCGGCCUACACGCCACUGAAGUCGCUGACGGGGCUGAAAGGGGACACCCAAUUCUCCAAAUUCACGCUCAUGUCGGGCACUUCCAUGGCCUGCCCCCAUGCCGCCGGAGCCGCCGCCUAUGUAAAGUCUUUCCACCCCAAUUGGUCUCCGGCAGCAAUUAGAUCCGCCCUCAUCACCACCGCGAGACCUAUCAACCGGCGAAUGAACGCGGAAGGGGAAUUUGCGUACGGCGCUGGAAACAUAAAUCCAUCGAGGGCAAAAAAUCCAGGCCUAGUCUACGACGACCACGAGAUUUCGUAUAUCAAGUUCCUCUGCAGCGAAGGCUAUACUGCAUCUUCAAUCGCCGUUCUCGCCGGAUCCAAUCCCAUAAAUUGCCCCUCCCUAACGCGAGGACUCGGCCACGACUCGCUCAACUACCCAACGAUUCAACUCAGUGUUCGAGGAACUCGACGCCCUACCGUGGCUGUGUUCCAGCGCCAAGUCACCAACGUUGGUCGUGCCGUCUCCUUCUACAACGCAACUGUCGUGGCUCCCCAAGGGGUGGAGGUCACGGUGGCUCCGACCACUCUCUCAUUCACGCAGCUUCUGCAGAAACGCACGUUCAAGGUCAUUGUGAAGGCAAGUCCGUUGCCACCGGCGAAAAUGGUGUCUGGAUGGCUGACUUGGAAAACUGUCGGCCAUGUUGUCAGAAGCCCGGUCGUUGUUUACAGCCCAUCCCAGUAACAACGGACAAAACUGAACUGCUAUUCGUUUCUAACAAUGAAGAGUGCGGAUGUUUGGAGUCGUAAAUAAUUCUUUUGUUCAUGGAUUUCUUUUACGAGGUUGUUAUGUGUCGGACUAUGUUUGCAUUUUAUGUGGCAUAAUUGAUGGAAAGGAAAAUCGUUAUUUUAAUUAAGUUACAAUUGUAAAAUUGUUGGAA